CGAUUUGGCCGUUGAUGUCGAGUUGCUGGGCUCGCCCAGCAGCAUGGCACAACAGGAACACUGCAGCACUGCAGAGCAUGUGAACAUGAUGUGCUGCUCCAGGCUCCUUUCUGCUGCGGCCACAGGAUCGGUCGCUUGACAUAUGACAGAGGCCAUGGCCGCUCCUACGUCAGUCUGGAGCUCGGAUCGCGACAAACAGGACGCUAAAGUUCGUAGCCCUCUGAGACACGGUUUGGGAUCCUGCUGCAACCAGAGAACGAUUCACCAAUCCAAGGGCGAGGCGCCUGCAUCAAUCACUCGGCCAACAACGCCAUACGUUGUGUCUCUGACCGGACUGCUUGCUAUCACCAAUUGAAUCGAGGUAAAGGAGAUUGUCUCUGAGCUCCCGCCUCUCAGAACUGUCGCUUGCCAUCUGUCCGAUGCAUCUCACGACGUCCCAGGAGGUCAAGCUCCCCUGUGUCGUCAGGGAACGAGUGGAUCAUGGAUCCAUUCCAAAUUAAUACCGCGGAAUAUUGCGCAACCUCUGCCUCUUAGAGCUCCAACUUGGCACAGCGCAUGGAGACUCUGGGGAUAUAAGAUCUCAGGACUAGCCGGCAUCUUCUCCGAAUCUUACCUUAAACCUCGACGCUUUUGCCGCACACACUGCCUUAAACUCAGCCAAGUUUUAUGACCCCUCCCUGACCUGUCGCCGACCUACAAGACCACUCAAUCUGAACACAACAGAACCUACAACAUGGUUACCGCCGCUCCACAAGAGAUGUACCUGGCUCAGGCCCGCGACAGCCUGAACGCCGAAGAUUGCAUGAAGAUCUACGACAAAUGGGCGGCCUCAUACAACGCUGAAGUUGGAGACGAGGCUCAGAACUAUGUCGCUCCCGUCCUGGUUGCUCAGGUGGCUCUCAAAUCUACAACCACUCCCAAGGACAGCGUCAUCCUCGACGCCGGCUGCGGCACUGGACUCGUCGGUCAGGCUCUCGCCAUGGAAGGAGCCAAGAUCAUCGACGGCAUGGACUUGUCCGUUCCCAUGCUCAACAUCGCACGACAAGCCAACGUCUACCGCAACCUCGAGCAGUGCGACCUUACCAAGCGCAUCCAGAGCCCAGACCAGACAUACGACAUCAUCACCUGCGUCGGCACCUUCACUCGAGGCCACGUCGGUCCGGACCCUGCGCUGAGGGAGUUUGUGCGCAUCACCAAGAAGAACGGUGUGAUCGUUGCGACCAUUUUGGAGGAGAUCUGGGUUGCUCAAGGCUUCAAGACCGAGGUGGAGAAGAUGGCUGCCGAGGGCAUUGUUAACGUCGUCGCCCAAGAGCUGGUCGACUACGUUAAGGGCCACGGCGAUAAGGCUAUUCUGCUCGUUCUCGAGAGGCAGAUUUGAGCGGAUGUGGGAAUAAAGGA